CAACAACAUCCGUACAGCAACAACCAUACAACAUCAUCCAUACAACAUCAUCCUUACAGCAACAACCAUACAACAUCAUCUGUACAGCAACAACCAUACAACAUCAUCCUUACAGCAACAACCAUACAACAUCAACUGUACAGCAACAAUCGUACAGCAUCAACCAUACAACAUCAUCCGUACAGCAAAAACCAUACAACAUCAUCCGUACAACAUCAACUGUACAGCAACAACCAGGACCAGGAUGAUUAGAGAAAAUUAAGCCUUUUAGGAGUCUACGCAUCAAAAUAUUAGACAGGAAAGAUACACUUUAAACAGUCAGACGCUCUUAUCCCGAGCGUCGUACAAGUGCAAAUCAUAACCAGGGAAUGGACUGAAUAUAUAGUGCUUUUAUCCAAAGGGCUUUACAAUUGAUGCCUCUCAUUCUCCAUUCACACGCCAACAACGUUAGACUGCCAUGCAAGGUACCAAUCACCUAAUUGGGGGUUAGGUGUCUUGCUCAGGGACACUUCACUGACACACUUCACUUUUAAAAUGGUUUAAAAGUUUACUUUUAUUCUAAUCCGACAUUAAUUCAUUUUUUUCUAAAUGCAUGACAUACAUUGCAUUGCUUCAGUUAGACUCUUUGCUCAUUCACUUAAUAUUUCCUGACAUGGAUCGCCCUUUCUCGAAAAAUGAGUAGUGCACCUAAUCCACACGGAAUAAGUAAACAUCUAGCAUCCUGGCUGCGUCCGAAUCAGCCCACUUGCCUACUAUUGAGUACACAAGAUAUAUUCACCGUGUACGACUUGUAUGCUCAAUAGUAAGUGCGCACACGCACGCGCACAUGCAACGGCACAACAGAACUAACGUGAACUUUCCACAUCUGAACGCGUGGUUUCACUCAAAAGGAGCCCCACCUUUGCCUCCAAGCAGGCAAGAACACGCGCUUUUGGAAUGCAUCGCCCACGUGACCAUACAUGGAAAAACAAAUCUGCAAAAUGACCAAUAACUUCCUGCGACUCUAAAUCACUGUUUUUAGCACCGACUUUUACCUUCAACAAGGGGUGAAUGAGCAGAAAAAAAGAUCAAAAGAAUGACGGGGAAUGUGCCUGUAUAUUUCAAACUUUCAUUUAACCUGCAAGCCUGGAGAGUUUUGAAAUUGGCCGUGCGGGUUGGUACAGGGUCCAGUAACAGCAUGGGGGCACAAGAUGGAACGAUCUGUCUGAAGUACCUGCUCUUCGUCUUCAACUUCUUCUUCUGGCUGGCAGGGGGUGCUGUGAUGGCCGUGGGGAUUUGGACGCUGAUCGAGAAGAGCGAUUACAUCAGCCUGCUGCCCUCCAGUACCUACGCGGCCUCCGCCUACAUCCUGAUCGUGUCCGGGGCUGUCGUCAUGGUGACCGGAGUCCUGGGCUGCUGUGCCACCUUCAAAGAGCAGAGAAGACUUCUGAGAGUGUAUUUUGUGCUGUUGCUGUGUAUUUUCCUACUGGAGGUGGUUGCUGGAAUUCUUGCCUACAUCUAUUACCAGAAGCUGAACGAGGACCUGAAGAACAACCUGAAACACACCAUGAUUGAGAAGUACAGGCAGCUGAGUCAGGAGCCUGUGACUCAGGCCGUGGACAAGCUACAGCAAGAGUUUAAGUGCUGUGGCAGUAACAGCUCCUCUGAUUGGCUGGAGAGUAAGUGGGUGCGGUCUGCGGAUGCGAAGAGCAGGGAGGUGCCGGACAGCUGCUGCAAGACCCCGACGGGGGGCUGCGGCCGCAGGGCUCACCCCUCCAACAUCUACAGUGAGGAGGGUGGCUGCAUAACCAAGCUGGGGAGUGUCAUCCUGGAGCACCUGAAGAUCAUCAGUGCAGUGGGCAUCGGAAUCGCCUGUGUACAGAUUGUGGGGAUGGUGGUCACGUGUUGUCUGUAUCGGAAUUUGAAGGCGGAGCUGAGAGUGGAAAGUCCCGGAAGACGGCCUCACUGAGCUACUGAACUGUGCCUGAUAUUUAAUAAUUUAAUGAUCUGUGUGUAUGCCAUAAACACAUACAAUGAGUUGUUGUGCCCUCACAGGAAAUGGAUUCACCGGAGAUAACAGAUUUGGUCUUUUGACCAAUUGUUGAGAUAGUAAUGCAUAGCUCCUGAAAAAGCCACACUUGAAUCUGCCGACAUUGUGUGUGUUUGUGUGGGUGUGUAUGUGUAUGUACGUGUAUCUACAGUGGGCUCCAAAAUUAUUGGCACCCUUAAUAAAAAUGGAGAAAAAAGGCUGCAUACAAUAAACAA